CGAUAUAUCGAAAGGAGCAGCGAUUUGGUAGCGCCAGCGGCCAGCGGUACGUCGUCGUCGCGUCGCGUCGGUCAUAUAAAAGUCGGUGACGGCGAGGCCCGAGGACGUGCGACGUCGACGGUGGUCGGCGGUCGGCGGUCGGCGGUCGGCGUCGAAUCACGGAUACAGUGGAUGUGGAUACACGGAUGGCGGAUGGCGUGGCGCGUGGCGGGAUUGGCGGGGAGCGUUGCGCGUUACAUCUCGCCGUCUCGCGGCUCGCGGCCAUGGGAUCGAUAAAAUAGAAUGGCCGGCCCGGAAGGAGAAACGGAGAGGGAGAGCGGGUACGAGGAAGAUGACAGGUUGGCGGCGUUGGCGCGGGGUACUCGGGGUAGGCCGGGUACGGGGUACGGGUAGGACCGCGGGUGGGUGGAGUGGGCGGCAGUGUGGUGGCGGUGGUGACGGUGACGGUGGUGGCGGUGGCAGGCGGCGGUGAGCAUAAAGAGGAUAGGAUAAUAUCGGUGCGCGUCCUCCCGCGGAAGUGUCCUUUCGCGGGGCCUCGUACUCCAACUCGUUUCGUAUCGAUAUAGCCUUUCACAGCCGCGAUCUAGGACGAUGUAGUUAUGCCGAAGAGGAGCACGCGGCAUGUGAGGGAGUUGGGGAACGCGACGAGUACUCAGCAGCAACAGCAGCAGCGGCAACAGCGGCAACAGAGGCAGCGGCAACAGCAACGGUCGUCGUCGCCGCCGUCGUCCGGUGCGGCGACGGCGACGGCGACGGCGACGGCGACAACCGUCUCGAAAGUGGCGGAAGCAGCGAGACACUUUUGUAGCGUACAUAUCGGCGUGACCAACAGCGACCGCUGGCUGUCGUUGAAGAAACGCUUGAGCCUGACGACCGACGAGGAUGUCGCGGUGUACUUGCUGGACCUCGCUGAGUCCGCCGUCGCCACUAGGCAACGGGCUAAAUGCAAUGGGGCAGAGAACUGGAAGGCGACGCAGGACCGCAGCGUUCGAGACGAGGAAGCUAUCAGGACUGAAAGUUCGGACAAGGAAGAUGACGAGCAACAGGAGGAGGAGGAGGAGGAGGAGAAGGAGGAGCCCGUUCGCAAAAGUUCGAGGAAACGAGAUCCCGCGAGAUCGGACAUUAUCGAGAUGCGGGAUUCCGCCCGUGCGAUAAGCGAGAGCGUGUCGGAGGUGAUGGACGAUGCGAUCAAGUUGCACGUGCGACGUAGUUCGAGGUCGAAGCAUCACAAGAACAAGACGAAGCAUCGAAGCAAGGACAAGCGGAAGAAGCGGCGACACACGAAGAACGGUGCCGAAGAUAGCGGCUGCAUUGGACUAGAUAGAUUCGAAUGUGCCAGCGAGACGGCCCCAGACGCGCGAAACGGUUCGAUGGAGAGCAGGGAUUUGAGUACGCGCGAGACGACCGUAAUCAGUGAAUUAAACCCUAACGUAAACGUAAACGUAGAGAGCUUUAGACGUGGUACGAAGGGCGUUAUCGAAUCCCCUACGACCAAGACUGAUCACGUAGAUAGUGUUAUAUUUCGAAACGAUGUAAAUAGUGUGACGAUUAGCGGCCCCAGGUGCAAGGUGAAAGCGAUCGGUGUACCUGCGAUCGGCGGUUCGACGAGGGAUACCUUAGAGGAUAAUAGAAUCACCAAGUUGCAUUUUCACGAUCCAGCAGCGUCGUCUCUUCCGCAACACGCGCGCAACACCGAGGAUUUAAGCAAUCCCACUCCCAAUGUCGACGGCACUGCCCGUCCCGCGGCGGCGGCGGAGGCGGCACCUCCGAAGGAAAACGAGGCCAGGUUGACGCGCCGCGCGGAAUCGCACGAGUACAAAGACGCAACGUUCAGCGAUGCGUCCAAGAACCUUGGCGAAUCCAAGGACACGGAGAAUCGCAAACUGAAAAGGAGACGGAAACGUCCACGUCGCGAUGCGUAUAUCGAGGACACGUCCGCGAGGGAUCUCUCCGAGACUAACGCUUUAAACGAGGCUUCGGUGUUGAAACAUCGGCGAAAGAAGCACAAGCAUGCGAGCGAGCACAAAAGCAAAAAACAUCACGACGUACGAAAAGCGCCGCAGGACGGCAUCGUUGUUCAAGAGAAAGCGCGAAGCGCGUGUCCGCCGGAGGCCGAGCUGCUAUCUUCGACGGCAGGAGCCGACGGAAGGAGCGCCGAGAGCACCCAGGGCGCCCAGGCGGGCCCCUGUCCGGAUGACCCCGACGACCCCGACGACGUCACGUCAGAGCCACAGAGACUCGCGAUCAAGAUCAAACUCUGCCAGGAAUGCAACAGCCGUCAUUUGCAGGACGCGUGUCCUUUGACGACGUCGCAAUACACGAUAGCCGACGCCAUCUCCCACGACCAGUGGCUGAACCGGCACAAGGAGCACGCCGAGAUAAUGAUAGCCGUCAAGUCGAGAGAUCCAAUGUCGGAGGGCUACGGCAGAUUAGCGUACGACGGCUUCGAGUCGGAUGACGAAUCGUCAACGUCCAACGAUCAGUGCAAGGCCAAGCCGAAGGUGCGGAGGGAGGAGAAGCAGCUGGUGGUUGAGGUGGAUCGGCCGCUCUACGCGAGGGAUUCUCUCCCGGAUUGUCUCGAAUUGAAGAUCACAAACACCGAUCACGGUCUCGGCAUCUACGCCACGAGCCCGAUUCCGAUAUACGCCAAGUUUGGCCCGCUUGUCGGCAUACCGAUCAGAGAAAUGGACAUUCCCGAUGAUUUCUCCAUGCGCCACAUCUGGGAGAUAGAUAAUAAUGGGAAGAGUACGUAUAUCAGUACUACAGAUCCACUGAAGAGCAAUUGGAUUCGAUACAUCAGACCAGCGGAGACCAAGGAGAAGAGAAGCAUUGCGGUGAUCGCUAAGCACGGCCAACUAUAUUUUGUCACGACUCAGACUAUCGUAUCGGGGAUGGAGCUCACUUAUUGGGUAGAGUCGCAAUCUUCCACGUGGACGAGAAAAAAUAAAAUCAAUAAAACGAAUUGUGGGGGAUGUAACCUUACUUUCACACACUCGAUAUAUUAUCGAUUGCAUUGCUGCAUCUUUCACGACAUGAAUUAUAGUUUAACGAUAAGAAAAUAUCAUUGCAAGGUUUGCGGCGCCACAGUGCUCGGCAAGGAUAAUAUCAUGAAACACGCAGCGGAGUUGCACGAGGGGCGCGGCGCGUAUCAGUGUCAAUAUUGUAAAAAGUUUUUCUUAAGGCUAAAUUACUUAGAAAUGCACCGAACCUAUGGAUGCUCACAGAAUCCGCAUCGGGCCCGACCGUUGUGCGAUUACUGUGGCCGCAAAUUCUGUCAGCCGCAAAAACUGAAAGUACACAUCAAAAGGAUGCACAACGAUAUGGCCGAGGUGCUUAGGGAAUUUCAAUGUAAAUUAUGUUUGAAACUCUUGGGUUCUCGCGCGGCUCUACAGCGACAUAUGAAGGAGGUUCAUCACAAGGACGUUAUUGCCGCGGCUACGUGCGAUCGAUGUGGGAAAAUGUUUCAGAAUAAAAGCAAUUUGAAGAUACAUAUGCUGACUCAUAGUGGGGUGAAACCAUUUAGGUGCAAAGAGCACGGCUGUAAGGCAGCUUUCACCACGAAACAGUGUCUACAGUUUCAUUACAAGAAGGUGCACGGCCUUACAGAGGAGAUGAUGCCCAAGAUCGAGAGGUCCGUGGCAUACACCUUCGACGCGUACAGCGGUGGCCUCACCGGUGAUGAUGUGCCUUGUGGAAGGAUUAUUCAGUCCGGUAUAAGAAAUUCACAGCAGGACAAUAGCAACAGUUUACCAUCUCUGGACGACUGUAGCUCGGAGAGCAGCUUGAAAGCAGUCGAAGCAUCGACCCCAGUAUCGGUACCAGUACCAGUACCGGUACCGGCAUCGGUACCGGCAGCACCGGUACCGGCACCGGUACCAGCACCAGCACCGGCACCGGCACCGGCACCGGCACCGAUACCAGCAACAACAUCGGCAUCCGUAUCAACGUCAACACUGACACUGACACCGACAUCGACAUCUACAUCUACAUCUACAUCUACAUCGAUAUCGGAGUCAGCAACGGGAUCGGCACCAAUAGCGAUAUCGAUAUCGGUAUCGGUAUUAGCAUCAGGGCCAACGGCAGCAGCGACGGCAAAUUCUGCUCACAAUGUUAUCGUGGAAUCGUUGCAAAGUGAGGCAAGUUCUACGGUGAAAUAUAAGGAACAACAAGAGCCUCACAUUCCGUCUACGCAAACCACGUCCUUAUCUGGUGGGCUUGACGCGACGACGAUAGAAAAUGGGCAGACGGAAGUCGAUCUAUAUGACACAUCGAGGACGUUGAGCAAGGGGAGCAAAAAGUGGCUGACCGAAUUCAAUCCGCCACCUACGUCCGACAUCGGUGUUCAUUUACCGGCGGUCUCGGUACCGUCCUCCGAUAUUUAUGAUUUUGAAGAUGGCAGAAAGGAUGAUGUUAGCGAAAAAACGGUCUCGCGUAAUAACGCGACGACGCCGAAUCUUAUGGAGAGCGAUAAAUUGCGAUUGAACGUAUAUCGGAGUAGGCCGGAGAGCGCGAACGCGAGUUUGCUGGUUGAGGCGGCUCUGGAUGCCGCUGAGAGGGAUAUAGGAACAGUGUCCAGCCCGAUUUUGGAGGACAACGAUCGCGAGGCCAAUCUCUACUCCAUCUCGAGCCAGCUGCAGUCACCGAUACCGCAGUCGCGGUCACCGAAUCAUCUGAACUCGUACAUUGUACAGCAAGAAGAGGAAUUGAUUUCGCCCGCACCGACUCCGGACGACAGGCAUACUCCACCUAGCCACUUACACAUGGAUUAUCAUCUGCAUCGACCGGUCGAUUACAUCAAUACCUCGCGGACGCACAAUAUCGAACAGUAUCUACAUCACGAGGACCUGCCGCGAGCCUCUCCACCGAAUUACAUACACAUGCAACAAGAAGACUUAGUGUCGCCAUCAGCAACGCCGAAUCACCGCUACCAGGAUAUGCAUCAUCAUCAAGUGCCGACGGAUAAUUUGUCGAGCGACGAGGGUGACUCGGUGGCGCAGAAUCUUAGCCUGUCCGUGAAGGAGAAGACGUUGCAACUAGAUCUGUCGACGUCCUACAAGUACGACUCGCUCGAGCAGGAUUUCACCCGGGAGAGAUCCAACUUUGAGUCAUUGGUGCUCAACAGUGGCGAACUUCAGGGUUUAGACAUGUCGGCUCGGAGUUUUCACCACAGUUUUGGUGCCCAGAUGCAAAACACUCGCUAUCAUCAUCAUCAUUUGUACGACAUUGGCGAGCGACAAAGCGUGGAUCUCAGCAGAACGGGCAAUUACUCUAUGUCGCCACCCCCGCCGCCACCACCUUAUCCGCACAACGAGGUUGUGCGAGUGGUCAGCUUGGAUCUCACUCCUGGCAGACACAGUGUCGAUUUAAGUCUUUCCAGAUCGCACCAUCUGCAUGGAUCUGGUACUCGUGUCAUCACCAGCCCACAAUCAGUCGGCUCGACUACGACGCACGUGGUACCUGACACCAGUGAAAGUCGAAUGCUGUCUCCACCUCCACCUCCCUUAUCUGGAUACAAUCCCAGUUAUCCCGUCAGUCCGGCUCCGUAUCAUCCUCCGAGAUCUGGUUACCAUCAUUAUCCUGGUUAUUAUUGAUCGUCAUUGGCUAAUGUCGUAGCGGUGUUUGUAGUCAACGUCUUCUUGGCGAUUUUUAUUUUAGAUAUCUUCGAAUCCCGAUCCUUUUAUUUUUAGUAACUUUUAUCUCUAAACGAAUGGUUUUGUUUUUUAGUUUUUCGUUAUUUAUUUAAAUAUGUAUUGUUUUUUGCAUCGCGAUACGCUCGCAUCGCAAGCGGAAACUGCCAUUUUCAUACGUUACAAAUUCUUUAUUCUCACGGUAUAUUUAAUAUUCAAGUCGGUGAUAACGAAAAUUUUGGCGCGCGCGAUUAAAAAAGUUAGCGAAAAAAAAAGAAAGAACAAAGCUUUUAGACUUGAGUAGACGAUGGAGAAAUCAAUGAUAUCUUAGACAGUCGGUCGUAACGCCGUCUUUUAACGCGAUAAAUGCACAAACAUGUACACGGUACAUCCACGACGUUCAGAACAGAUGUUAUUUUUUUAAAAAAGUCAAGUAGCACGAGAUUUUAUGAAGAAAGAUAUAUUCCAGAAUGAUCGGGGGUAAGUGUCGAUAGAGGAAAAUUUAUUUAUCCGUAAUUAUAUAGCUGUUAAAUUAUUUAUCGUUUAUCCUUUUUCGAUAAACUAUAUAUGCAGAACGUGUAUGAUGCGUGAUGAGUAUAUAGAAGAGUACAUGAGUUUAUAGAAUGAUCGUUGAAGAGGUGAGGGAGGAAAACAGAAUUACGUCGUGAUCCAGUGCCACGUCCGUGAUAAUUAAGAUUUUUAAGAAGUUGUUACUUACCUCUUAGCUUACAUAUAUUCUUCUAUUUCGGACCUAUACUCCACCGAGAAAUACUCCAUUUAACGUAUGGCUUUGGUGAUGACAGCAGCAUUCCAGAGCAGCAUAAUUCUUGCAAAAAUUAUGCGUUAAAAACUUGGAAGUUAAAUUAAAUUAGAAAGAUGGCUGUUGGCAAUAUUUUAACAAAUCGCGAAAAUUCUAUUGUAUUUAAACGCGUAAAUUCUUUUAAUCGCGUUUAACGAUAAAAUUGUCUCAAAAUAUGUAUCGUUUCUACAAAUGGUUUGUAAAGUAUAUGCGUGCUCUGUGUGCUACCUGGGAUGCUCUAAUAUGUAUUUGUGAAAUUGUCAAGAUGCCUAAUGCGGUAGCUAUAAGUAUAUCUCUGCAUGGUGAUAACAGAUUGUAACGUUUGUUUUUAUUCUAGUCAUUAUACUAUGAAUUAGCAAAGGCGAUUCUAAGUAUAAGUUACAAAUAUUUCAGCGAUCGCGCGAAUAGUUUGUCCAAAUACAUGUAUUUUAUUGCGAAUGCAAAUUCUCUCAAGAGAAUUUGUACGAAUUUUGUUUAAAAGAAUCUUACGUUUUCUCGCCGAUCAAUCUCGCGAGGAAGAUUAGUGAUAUCAACGUAUUCCAUUAUUGAAAUAAAGCUCUACGUUGCAAGCUUUAUUUUAUAAAGCUUGACUCAAUAAUAUGUAUUACGUUUCAUUAAACAUUAGACAUUAUUUACGCUUAAAAAACAUGCAUGCGCGAGCGACUGUUUCUUUCUCUCCAAAAAAGGGAGGUGCGCGUGAGCGUACGUGUACACGCACACGCAUACAUAUCGACGUGUUUCACGCAAAUAUGCGCAUGAACGCAAUUUAUCAGCUCGCAUGUAAGUACGUUAAUUUUCGUGUCGCUUCCAGGUUUCUGGAUUUACUCUCUCUAGCCAUUUAUCGAAACCAAAGAUCUAAAAAUAUUGUAACUCUUGUGCCAAAUCGAAAGGCGCUCAUUGUUAUAUAUUAUAUUGUAUACACACAACUUUUAGCAGAACGUAGCGAUUAAAGAUGGGGACAACGUUGUCUCUGUCACUUUUGCCAUACUUGGUUGAUUAUUUAACUACGCUUCACUCAUACACAUGCGCGGAAAGUUUUACGAUUAUUCUAAGGAUAUUUUGUUAAUCUCUUUUAUGUAGUUUUUUUCCACUAAGUAUUUCUGCCAUUAAAGAUAGUUACCAUCUUA